GGUGAUCCUGAUGAUAUUGGUAACAAAGAUAUUGUUGGAGAUGAAGAACCAGCUGGAGAGAAGAAUGUGCCUAAUACUGAGGAACAUAGAAAUAAUAUUCAUGAGGUUGAAAACAAUCUCGUAUCGAAUGACAAAUACAAGUUAAGGAGGAAGAGAGGUAGAAAAAGCACAAAAGAGAGUGAUGAUGGAGAGAGCCACAGAAGUGCUAAUAAGGCUGUUGGACAAAAGGUCUGUGCAAAAUGGACUAUAGAUCUUCAUGCCAAAUUCAUGGAAGCUGUGCAACAACUUGGCGAAGGAAGUAGGAUGUUAUCCAAAAGACAUUCUUAAGAUGAUGAAUUUUCCUGGUCUUACCAAAACGCAAGUUGCAAGCCAGCUUCAGAAAUGUCGUAACAACAACUGGAGAGCUCUAGAAGAGCGAAAAUCUAUUCGUCACCCAUCAGAUCAAGUAUCCUCAAGUGGUUCUCAACAAAAAAAUAGCUUUAGAAAAUUUGGACAAUGCCUCGUCUUCAAACAAAUGUUCCAAAGCUGCAACGAAAGCAACGUAACCCAUAUCAAAUCCAAAGUGGCCCAAAGUUUCCAUUUUCACAUGUUAAUACCAAUAAUAUUUAUGCUAGAGGAGAGCGUUCAACUCAGUAGCAGCUCUAUCGUUCUCAACUUCAGGUUCAACCCCCUACCUCAACAUUGGCAACCCAUUCAAUAACUUAUUUUUUUUCGAUCCAAAAUAAUGUUGAUGGUGGGCUACAACAACAACAACAUGGACCAUUUUUGGAAUGCUAGGUUCACACGGACUACAAGGCCCAACUGCGAGGAGCACUAAUUAUAGGCCAGAGCUGGCAUUUAACAGUGGGGAUCAUCAUACUCAAAAUGACUAUGACUUGGACCUCAAUAUGCCCUAUGUAACAACAAAUUCUGGUAGCGAAAUAAUGUCCGAUGCAUACAUUGAGAAUACGACAAGUAAUGAUUUAGGAGCAACAAAUGCUAAUUUCCAGCAAUAUAUUGGUGAGCCAAGCAUGUCUAACCCAAGUAAUAUUAUCGUGGCAUCACAUGUGAGUGAUACUCAAGCAAGUGAUUCAAAUGACAUAGAAAAUUAUGAUGCUUAUUUAAAUUCCAAUAAUAUGGAUUAUAUCUUCCAGAAUCUUGGACCUCCAGGUGCUGACCUACCUAAUGAACAUGGCAGUGGGUUUGAUUAAGUUUACUCUGAUGAUCAGGUUAGUGUUUCUGAUUAUCUUUGUUGAUCUCGCAAGACUACUCUUUAUUUAUUCUACAUUUCAUAUGAUGGAACACAUUUUUUAAAAUAUAGUUUGAAAAAUGACUUAUAUUCUUUUUGAAAAAUAUAAAUUUUUCGAUAAAUUCAUAUUAUUCAGUGUCUAUUUGAAGGAUGAAAAUACUGACAUAAUUUUUUUUAUAUUGAUUGAUAAUAAUCUCACGGGUUGUUUCGUUAUCAGGAUUAGAAUAUUAAUCCCGGUAUAAAAUUUGGUAUUUGAUUAUUGGAAUUAGCUCAAAUUGGUAUAAAUUUUAAAUCAACAUCUUUGUUUUGUAUUUUCAUAUAGGACACAGGAUUAAAUGUCAUUUUUAGUGCUUGAUUGGGAUUAUAAUCUCAAAAUUCAGAGGCAGAUCUAGAAUUUCUAGAACAUGGGUUUACUGAAAAAACAAGAAAAAAAGUAUUAAGUCGAAAUUGAUCCCUAUUCCUAUAGGUAAAUAACUUAGCAUUCAACCAAGUGCACCACACAAUAUUUUAAAGAAUGAGUGCCAGCAGAUAAUAUUAUAUCAACUCUAAAAAAUAUAAAUGUAAAAUACCUAGUUUUGUAAAGAGACCAUGAGUUCACGUGCACCAUAUUUUACACAUUAAAUAUGCCCCUGUCUCUAAUAUCCUUGUUCUGAACUAAACCACCCCCUAGAAAAUUGAAUAGCUAGUGUGUUGAUGAAACUUUUUAGUAUUAGAAAAAUUGAUACAUAUUGUCAAAAUGUUGGUUAAGACAGUCAUAUGAAGUUUAAGAAAUGAGAAAAUUGUGAAAGAAAUCGACUUUCGCCUAAAAGCGAAAGAAGUCAUUUUCUUACUUUGGUGAAUUUUUACACAUAAAAAUAUUAUUUGAGAAUUCAAUACUAACUUAUUUUUCAAAAAAAAUAUUGCAGUCAUAUCGAACACACCUCUAAUCUCAUAUAGACUUUACCUUAAACCUACAUAUGUAGGUGGCAUCGAAUGUAAAAUUUUCAGGAAUAGCAAAUUCUCCUGACGAAUCAAUAUGAUCAAAUGCAGUGUGCGGGCUCUUUGGAGAAACAAAGUUGUUUACUCAAGUGGAAAAUAUUGCAUCUUUUAUUUUUUGGAGAUUGGUGUAAUUUCAUUUAAUUUUAAAAAAAUUAUAUUACAUGGUGUGAGGGGGGGGGGGGGGAGAUGUGAAGAGAAUACUAUACCUGCGUCCCAAUUA